UUGAGUCGAGUCACUUGACAAGUGAGUUUAGUCAAAGCGAAUCGAAUCGAAUCGAAUCGAAAGACAGUCACUUGUAGCCCAUUGAAUCGCGAUGAUGCCGUCACAAGCCAAUCGUUUGCAUUUCGUCAAGCACUGGACUGGUUUGGUUCAGGGCGAACUUCCAAAGAGUGUAGACUCUCCAUAUUGCUGGCAUCUCUUUCAUCAACCAUUAAAGACUGUAAAGACCGGCCUAAGGUCCCGAAACAGCGAUACAUUGCUAGUGGUUGCAAUGGAUUGAAGAAGCAGUCCCCACCGGUUCUUUUGGCUGCUUCUUUUAAUCAAUAAUUGUGUGGUCGAGCAGCAGCCAUGGCAAGAAAAAGACCCAAAAGACAAGAGGUUUUGUGGCGUGGGGACCCACUGACCCCAAAGGAUCAAGAUGAACAGCCAUAGCCGCGGACAGCUGGUAGCUCUGGCCCAUCCUUCCUGCAUCCUGGUUACCGGGUGGUACCUUUGUCCGGUCAGCCAGCUUUGGAUGCCAGAUAGAUGCGGUAAAACUGAUUUCUCAAUUUCUCAUCUAAUUGGACUAUCCAGACCAAAAUGUAUGUAAACUCACCGCAACCACACCAACAGAUGAAUGUUUACCAUCAUUAUUGCAUGCCUCGUCGCCUCGUCGUGGUGUUGCCGAAUAUGGAGCAAGCUUAAUUAACAAAACGACCCCAAUGACCAAUGACUGCUCGGUUCGAUCGAGGUUCGAGGUACAAUGUACAUGUCUGUUCGUAGUAGCUGGCGCACCCCAUAUUUCAUAUUCCCCCUUUUCGUUGAACGAACUAACUAUUAGUACCAGGUAUGCAAGGAAGCUUGCACUGACUGAGUCACUCCCCCAAACUGUGGGGUAAGUCAUCCAUGAAAGGCACAAAGGGCGUCACCAACCCUGGGAAGGUCAUAACUGACAUAAGUGAUGGAAACGAUGCCUAGACUCAAAGGACUGAGAAGAUUUAACAGAAGCCCUUUUUCAAAGUUUCACCGCUCAAACCGCUAACGGAAAGAAAGCGGCUCGAUAAGUAAAGUAGUACUCGAGUAGUGCCAACCGGUGGAAGUGUACCCUUAACAAUUUUGUUUUUUUGAACUGUGGAAGUGUUUGGUGCGUCUUCCCGCUUUAGUGGUGACUCACCUCUCAAGCAACGCUCGAAAAGUGCCAUCCAGUGGAAAUGCACCUCUCAACAACGCUCGAAAAGUGCCAUCCGUGGAAAUGCACCUCUCAAGCAACGCUCGAAAAGUGCCAUCCGGUGGAAAUGCUGCUAUCUUCUUUGGACUUGGAACCUUGGAGAAAAGUGGUGCAUCUUCCUCCGCUAAGAAGAAGAGAUCAAGAGAAGCAACCACAAACUUACAAAAAGCAAAACAUCGAAGCUAAGAACAACAAACUAACUACUAUCAUAUUCUGAUCUACUCACUCGACUUGGCACUUGAUUGAAUCUACCUUAUUACAACCAACGAAGAUGACGACGGAACGCAACAGCAAUGUCACCAGGCCGGUCAUUUUGGCCUUUGUCCUCGGUUGCUUGGGGGGUUGGGUUCUCUCCACUCUCGGCGGCCAUGGCGGUGCAAUUCUUGGACCGCCAUUCUCCGCCAUGAGCUUGUCGGGCAUGCCACCCGAUGAUGACUUUGCCAUGAUGGACGACAACGACGACUCGUUGCACAACGAUGAUGACUUGUCGGAGACAGGGUUGCCUGAGGCUGCCCACAGGAGGUUGGGCAGUAAUCCGUUUACUAAAUUUAAGAGGGAGAUCAGUGGCCUGAAAAAUACGGUCAAUGACCUGGAAAGCAAAGUCAGAGACAAGACGAAUGAGGUCACCAAAUGGCAGGGUUACUAUAAUAACAUGAAACACUGGUACGAGGAGAAGAAGAGGCAAUACGAUGCUGCCGCAAGCCAGGUCCGCAAUUUGAACAGUCAACUCUCAAGUGUCCGAAGCCAGCUCACCAGUAAAACGAAUCAACUCAACAGUGCUACUAAGUCGCUUUCAAGUGUUCGAAGCCAGCUCACCAGUAAAACGAAUCAACUCAACAGUGCUACUAAGUCGCUUUCAAGUGUUCGAAGCCAGCUCACCAGUAAAACGACUCAAUUUACAAACCUCGUGAAAAAGGUGGACGAUUUGCCAGAUAAACUAUACGAUGAGAUUGUGAAGCCCAUUGAGGAUAGUGUCAUGGCAGCCAAACAGAGCCUUGGAGACAUUGAUUCAGUGGCCAAUUCCGUUGCUCAGAGCACUGCAGAUGCCCUCCGACAAUUGAACUUUCUACCCAAUAAUGCAGAGGAUCUUGCCGCUGAACUGGGAUCGACCUUGUUGAAGUUCGCGAAAGACAACCUCUGUGUCCCUUAUGAUUGCGUUGCCGGUGCGGCAGGGUUGGAACUUACAGGAAUCAAGCUGUACGAGUCAGACCGAGCUUCCUUGACAACUUCUGUUUACCCAACCACAUGCAUGGAGAUUGCUGAUGUGGCCUUUGAUUUUGACAAACUUGGCAGUUUCUUGACUGACAUUGGUGAAAUCGUUGCCCCAGAUAAGAUUUUCACUGAAGUGGAAGAGUGGUUGACAACCGAGAUGGGCAAAAUUCUUGUGCCCUCUGGUCAGAUCAAGAUCAACGUUGACGAAAUUGAGAAUCUUGCCGGCAAAAUUGUCAACGAAGUCUCCAACCUUGGUACGAGAAGGCAACUAGCAGUGAUAACUGACAAUGGAGAACAUCAAGCUGUCACUAUGGAAGAAGUUUCUGCUAUGGCCUAUCAAAAGGGGUUGGACCGUGCGCAAGAAUUGUACGGAGAAAAGAUUGAGCAGGCUUUCAAGGAGCGCAAGCUUGCUGAAAAUGCCAUGCAGUAUAUUGGGUUUGAUUCAUUGAAAAUCAAGUUUGAACAAAGCUUUGGUCAAACAUUCACUCUGAAGACUAAGGACAGAAUGGGAUAUGCUGGAAGUGUGUUUGAUGAGUCCAUGCACCAGACACAGGUCAUCCCUGUUCCUGGAACUGCUGGCAUGGCAAGAAUGGUCCUCAGUGGGUCCAUGGAAGCCUCCAUGCCAUAUGCCAUGUCAACGGAAGCUGAAUCCAAAGUGAAGUACGGGUACAAUGUGGGAGCCACAGUGACUAUCGAUCUGGUUAACCUUGAGAUAGAAACUGAAACAGAUAUUUCGCAGGAGUUCACGGUGAACGCCACAGGUGCAGUGUCUGCCGGAAUGUCACUAAAGUUUGCGGCAUCAGCAAGUAUGGCCCUAUGCCUAGGUCCAGGCAACAAUGCCUGCAUCACAGUUGUCAUUGAUGCCAGUCAAGCCUCGGGAGCUGGAUUUGAUGCAUUGGCACAAUUCAACCUUGGAGUAGAAACAGAGAAGAAGAAAUUGACCACAAUGUACACUGAUGUUCUUGAUUAUAAGGAGAAUGGUCAGCCAGAAUGCAAUGCGCAAGCGUCCAAUGCUGCUGGAUAUUGGCAAUACAUCUUGGAACCUUCAGUUAAGGUUGGAAUUCAAGGACCAAGUUGCUGCAUCCCAGAGAAGGAUACCCUUUACAAAUAUGACGGCAAGCCCAUUGACUUGUUCGGACUUGACCCAAUUCAAAGUAUGUGCUUCGAUCCCACUGCUUUCAUCGAAGACUUGUUCUAA